GCCGCUGAGCAGACUGCCGGGCUCCGAGAUCCGAGCUCCGCUGUCCCGCCAUGGCCCCCGCUCCGCCCCCCGCCGCCUCCUUCUCGCCUGCCGAGGUCCAGCGGCGCCUGGCGGCCGGCGCCUGCUGGGUCCGCCGAGGGGCCAGCCUCUACGACCUCACCGGCUUCGUGCGGCAACAUCCGGGGGGCGAACAGCUGCUGCUGGCGCGGGCUGGCCAGGACAUCAGUGCCGACCUGGAUGGGCCACCUCACAGACACUCGGACAACGCCCGCCGCUGGCUGGAGCAGUACUACGUGGGCGAACUGCGAGGGGACCCGCAGGAUCCCAUAGAGAAUGGUGCUGUGUCCUCUACAGAAGCUCAGAAGACAGACCCUGCAACUGAGCCACAGUUCAAAGUGGUGGACUGGGACAAGGACCUAGUGGACUGGCAGAAGCCCCUCCUGUGGCAGGUGGGCCAGCUGGGAGAGAAGUACGAUGAGUGGGUCCACCAGCCAGUGGCCAGGCCCAUUCGCCUCUUCCACUCAGACCUCAUGGAGGCGUUCUCCAAGACUGACUGGUAUUCUGUCCCCAUCAUCUGGAUGCCCCUGGUGCUGUACUUAAGCUGGUCCUACUACCGAACGCUCAGUCAAGGCAACAUCCGGCUCUUCACAUCAUUCACAACAGACUAUUCAGUGGCGGUGCCAGAGUCCAUGUUCCCAGGCCUCUUUGUGCUAGGUGUGCUGCUGUGGACCUUCAUAGAGUACUUCAUCCACCGCUUCCUGUUCCACAUGAAGCCCCCCAGCAGCAGCCAUUACCUCAUCAUGUUGCACUUUAUUAUGCACGGUCAGCACCACAAGGCACCUUUUGAUGGCAGCCGCCUGGUCUUCCCCCCGGUUCCAGCCUCUCCGGUGAUCGCCUUCUUCUAUUUACUCAUGCAGCUCAUUCUGCCUGAGCCUGUGGGGGGCAUCAUCUUUGCUGGGGGCCUGCUGGGCUAUGUUGUCUAUGACCUGACCCAUUACUACCUGCACUUUGGCUCACCACACAAGGGCUCCUACAUGUACAACAUGAAGGCCCACCAUGUCAAGCAUCACUUUGAAUACCAGAAAUCAGGGUUUGGCAUCAGCACUAAAUUGUGGGAUUAUUUCUUCCACACCCUCAUUCCAGAGGAAUCCCACCCGAAGAUGCAGUGACAACCCCUAGACCCUCUCUGUUCUGCCCUUGGUCUACCCCCUCCCCGGCCCCUGCACCCUGUCCUACCCCUACCUCCAUCCAGACCCUGCUAAGGUCAGUGUGGCCAGGCAGGAUGGGCUCUGUCUAGCCCUGGGGCUUGGUGGCGAGCUGAAGGCAGGACUGCCCUUCUGGCUUUAUGAGGACAACAUCCUCUUUAGAGCCAAGUGGUCCCUCGGGACUGACUCACUCCCAGAGAAUUAUGACCUCCCUGUUGGCAUCCCUGCCUAAGCUUCAACCCUCAGUGCUGCUUCAGGGUCCAGACAGUGGCCCCAAGGGGCAUGAAGGAAACUGACUCCCCGACCUGUGCCUUAGAACUCUGGGCUCCCUGGGAGCAUCCCCCAUGCAGCAGAGGGACCAGUGCCACAGCAGAAGCAUGGUGUGCAGGCCUGCGGCCGCAUCUUACUCUCCUGCCCUUUCUUGAGAGAGUUUGAUGGUUCAGAAGUGAAUUAAGGGCUAUCCCAAGAAGAGACAGCAUGAUGCCUCCAGGCCAUUCCUAGACCCCAGGAGAGCCAGUCUGGUCCUUGCCAACCCCAGAUACCAACUUACUAUCAGCUGUCUCAGUGGAAGUAAUCUGGCACUUAUCCACCUAGGCAGAAAACAUGGGGGUGGCUGGCAUCUUCUACAAGAUUGAC